AUGAAUAGAGACCUAACUAUGAACUCGGAGCACGCCGACACCAACCCCUUCAUGGACGGUGCCAGCUCGCGUCUGGACAACUCUUAUACGUCCUCAGAAAUUCCCCGUGUGCAAGGCCGCCAGUACGGCAACCAGCUUGCUUAUUCAGAAUACACUUCCCAAAACGGCACUUCCUCUAACUUGUUGCAGGACUCUUCAGACGAGGACCGCCGCUCGCCGCUCGUGGAUUCAGACCAGGGUGCGGGCUUCAGCCAGUCUCCGCCCAGCCAAGGCUCUCCUGACAUGAUGAAGGUUCCGUCGGAAUUUGACCGCUAUCCAUCCAUGGCCGGAUCUCGCGUGGUUUCAUCAACUUCCUUGGCUUCUCACUUCAACAACAAGGAGUACGAUGCAUCGAGCCACGAUGGGCUGUCGUCCAAGUCAUCAAACCCGUUUGUGUCUAAUGUGGACUUCUCUCCUUUUGGUGGCUACCCAGCGCUGUUGUUCCCCUUGCAUGUAGACGAAAAGGAACCUGACGAUUAUUUGCACAACCCAGACCCUAUCGCAGAUGCUGAAUACGACAAAAACCGCUUCUGGUACGACUUGAAGACCAUGGAUCGUCGCUCGGGCAUGGGUGUCGUGGGUUUUAUAUUGUUUUUCUUGGCUGCCGCUGUUGUUUUCGUUGUCUUGCCCAUCGUCACAUACUCGGGCAUUACUAACCACAGCGAGCCUGAACAUUAUGAGAUUUUAACUCACUACGAGUAUCCAUUGUCUGCGGCCAUCAGAACCAGUUUGAUUGAUCCGGACACUCCAGAAGAAGCCCACUACAAGGAAAACCAAUAUGGCGAAAAGUGGGUCUUGACCUUUUCGGAAGAAUUCAACGCUGAAGGCCGUACUUUCUACGACGGUGAUGAUCAGUUCUUCCAAGCUGUUGACCUCCAUUACGAUGCUACUAAAGAUUUGGAGUGGUAUGACCCGGAUGCCGUCACCACCGAAAAUGGAACCUUGGUUCUUCGUAUGGACGCCUACAAAAACCAUAACUUGUUCUACCGCUCGGGUAUGGUACAGUCUUGGAACAAGCUUUGUUUCACCCAAGGUAUGAUCUUUGUUUCCGCCAACUUGCCCAACUACGGUAACGUGACCGGUUUGUGGCCAGGUCUUUGGACUAUGGGCAACUUGGCACGGCCAGGCUACUUGGCCACAUCUGACGGUGUAUGGCCAUACACUUACGACUCAUGUGAUGCUGGUAUCACUGCCAACCAGUCGUCUCCCGAUGGAAUCUCAUACUUGCCUGGCCAAAGACUUAAUGUAUGCACAUGUAAAGGCGAGGACCAUCCUAACCGAGGAACAGGCCGUGGUGCGCCAGAAAUCGAUAUUUUGGAGGGAGAAGUCGACACCAGGGUCAUGGUAGGUGUCGCAUCCCAGUCGUACCAGGUGGCUCCAAUGGAUAUCUGGUAUAUGCCCGACUACAACUUUGUCGAGAUCCACAACUUAGAAGUCACGACGAUGAACACAUACUGCGGUGGCCCAUUCCAGCAAGCUCUUUCUGCCACAUCUACCUUGAAUACCACCUGGUACGAAAGUGGAGCAGGCGAGGCCAACUAUCAGGUGUAUGGAUACGAAUACUUGAACGACGAUGACACAGGACACUUGUCGUGGUAUGUCGGUGAAACGCCUACAUGGACUUUGCAUGCAUAUGCGCUUGGGCCAAACGGUAAUGUUGGAUUCCGCCGUAUUUCGAAGGAACCCAUGGCCAUCAUUUUGAACUUGGGUAUCUCGAACAACUGGGCAUACAUUGACUGGAACGCAAUCCACUUUCCUGUACACAUGCGCGUUGACUUUGUCCGGGUUUAUCAACCAGAGGACCAGAUCAACAUGACAUGCGACCCUGAGGACUACCCAACAUACGAUUACAUCGAGAACCAUUUGGACGCAUACAUGAACCCUAACUUAACCAGUUGGUCUUCGGCGGGCUACAAGGUUCCGAAAAACCACCUUGUGCACGGGUGCACGUGA